CUGCUCGCUGUGUCAGGGAGCUUGUUAGUGUAUCUGGGUCCUCGGGAAAUAGGAGCCGACCGAACCGGUACCAGCAUCGCCGGGAGGAGCGAACCGAGCCCAGACACACCCAGUACCAGGAUCUACCGCGGGUACCGAGCCCAGCCCUGGACUCACUGCCGGUACCGUAUCCGAUCUUACUAUCCCACAUCCUGGUACCCCGACAGCAGCACCCAGUUGUCAUGUGAACACCGCUCGUCCUGAAAGGCUGUAAGAUGUAUUCGCCUUUUUCUCCGGAGAAUGAAUCCGGAGCCCGAGAAGUGAGACAGAGGAUCACCAAGAAGUUAUCCAGCUGUAUCAGGUCUCUCCAGAUUCGCUAUAUCACAACAGAUGAUGUGGUCACCAGCGAAGACGACGAUGCCAAUGGCCUCUGUAUAGCCUUGGAAGCGGCUUUCAUUCAUGGACUGAAACCCAAGUACAUUAAACGAGGUGGCAGAAACAGAGGCACCCACAUACCCAUACCCCAGCCGGCUUUCUGGGCCCUUUUAAAGGGCAUCACACAUCGCAAUGUUAUUAAGGAAAUUGAAAAUGUGCCUUUUCUGAGCACCGAUGUGGGUAGGUGUCGCUCGUGGCUACGUAUCGCUCUCAAUGAAGGUCUUGUGGAAUGCUAUUUCAUCACAUUGCGAAGAGAGAAGAGUCGGCUGAUGGACUUUUACCAACCAUGCUCUUUGCUGUUGGAUGCCGAAGAUUGUGAUGUGGUGCUGAGUUACCUGCAGGGUUUAUCUGCUUUGCCUUUCAAGCUGUCCUAUAAAUCCGCUCUUCUAUGUGAGUGGACAACCACCCCGCUUAUUUUAUCUGGACUCUGGGUAGAAGAUGUCCAACAUGUGGAAGAAACUCCCGAGACUCUCAAUAGGCGAAAAUCUUUGGAUUCCAUGUCUCAGUCAUCCAGCUCUGAUGAUACCAACAGUUCCAUGCUACAGCAAAGUAAGGAGACCAAUGAAUCUUCUUCUAUCAAUAUGGACACCAACAGUUCGUCAUCUCAACUGUCCUCCAGCGCUGGCUCUGACGGACAAGUCAAUGAACAAGCAGGCACAACUCCUGUACAACCUAGGAGUCCAGAACUCUCCUCCUGUGAAGCGGACACAACAGAGACAGACGAGUCCCAAAAAUCUCAGUCAGAGGAUAUUGAUCUUAUUUCCCCAGGAUCCGAUAAAGCUUUUUUUAGUCCCAUGCUAAGCAGUUCCUUCCAUGAAACCAUCCGAAUCGGCACAGAGAAGUUGAAAUCACUUUAUCAGAAAUGUGAAAGCAAAAUUGCGGAGAACAAAAACCUUCAGUCAACUACUUCAUUAAAGCCACAGCCUGAAAAUCCGCUUACAUGUGCUAAUGAAACGCCUUCGACUUGUGAAACCUCUGCGUCGAAAGCCCUGCCCACCAAACCCCUCCGUGAUCCUAUCAGCGUUUCUAAUGAGGCCGUCUGUAACAAUGGAAAGAGCUUGCUGCUCGAACCUGAGCCUUGUCCUUUUGUUGCUGAAAUCUCAAAAAGCGUUAGUUGGAUUACAGAAGAUGACUUGGAUAUACCAGUGGUAGACCUGGCUAUCAAGCUCUCAGAUCAAGAGAAUGAUCAGCUCAGAGCAGCCUUUGAAGUCAUUCACAGGCGGCGACCAGGUGUCCCUAACCCUUUCCAAGGUCUUAUGAUGAUGGGUUACCUGGAACGCAGGAAUGCCUUGGGUUUGUACAAGAGUUUCCAUUGUGAGCUAACGGUCUACGAACUUCGGAUCUUUAUUAGUGCAGAGGAGAGGCUAUGCUUAGAAAACUGUACCCUGCUAAAGUGUGAAUCAGUGGGACCCGCCCAAAGCGAUGGGAGAUUUGAGUUGCAUUUUCCUGGUAGAAAGUUAUGCUUGCGGGCUUCUUCGCAAGAUGAGGCACAGGACUGGGUGGAAAGGAUUGAAGAAGCUAUACACAUAUUGCGACCCAACAAAGAUGAGAUUUGGGAGGUUUUAAAAAGACCAGAAUCCCCAGAUCUCCCAAAAAGCAGAACAUCUUCCACUGAUGAAAGUCUACCUUCAUCUGAGGUGUUUAAUUGGAUUUCUCCAUUUGAAGUGGAGCUAGAUGCACAGAAAGAGGCUAUUCUUUACAUGAAAAUCCAAAAAAGGUGGACACAGUUCAUUUUUUCUUUAUCCGAGCGAGUCUUGCGGUGCUUUAUACCCAAACCCUCAGAGAAAGCGUUAUUUGAAUCUUAUAGCAUUGAGAUGAUUAAAGAUGUUCUUCCAGAUGCCAGCUUGGGUAGUGCAUCCUGCUUUCGACUUGUAACCUCCAAAGGUACCCUGCAGCUCCAAGCAGAGAGUCCCCUAGAGGCCAGGACUUGGAGAGAGCUUGUGCGAGCAGCCUAUCUUGAAUGGGAAGAAGACUCUGCUUUCGUACCUGGGGAUGGAAACUUUCAUAUAAAAUCAAACAUCAGGGAGCAUCACCUUUUCCAGUACUUGAUGUACAUUCCAAUUGAGAGGGGUCUGGAUGCUCAGGACUUCAAAUGUGCAGGUUGCCAAAGAAAGAUUGGUUUUCAAUUUGGAAAGGCAAAGCUAUGUGAGUUUUCGAGUCUUUAUUAUUGUGCGUCUUGUCAUCAUGAUCAGCUGACCAUCAUUCCGUCUAGGAUUGUGCAUAACUGGGAUCACACGGAACGACCGGUAUCCGUACAAGCAAUGAACUUCCUGAGUAUGGUGGAAAAUGAGCCCCUAUUUAACGUGCAGUACUUAAACGAGCAGCUCUAUAGCCACACGGGGGUUAUGCAUGAGCUGAAAUACGACCGAGAGCGGCUACGGCUGUUAGCGGAGUUUCUGAUAACUUGUCGCAGUGGCGCGAUAGACCAUCUGAACAAGAGGCUGAAUCAUCGGAACUACCUUUUGGACUGUAUUCAUACCUACAGUAUGCUGGAUUUGAAGCAGGUCACAACUGGUGUUUUUGAAAGAAUCAUGCAAACAGUCUUGGAGUUUGCCAGCGACCAUAUCUUCGAGUGCGUUCUGUGCAGUCAGAAAGGUUUUAUCUGCAUGAUCUGUAACAAGGAUGAGAUCAUCUACCCAUUCCAGCUAGAAACAACAACAAGAUGCGCAGACUGUAAAGCAGUAUUCCACCUGUACUGCAAGACUGGUAAGAAGCCGUGUCCCCGUUGUAAGAAAAGAAAGAGCAGACAGAAUCAGUGUAUUAAGAUGUGAGUCUUGGACGGAUCUUAAGGAAACUUUUUUUUUUUUUUGAGCUGAGAAGACGACAUUGUUUCCCACAGCAGAUCUGCUGAUCUCAAGAAGCCCAAAGACACCUAACUCGUGGUGUUGCCUGAAGGACUGAAGGAGAGUAAUCUGACUGUAUUGCCCCAGAUAGACUUUCGGGCUACUUGUCCUCUGGUUAAGCCUUAUCUUCCUACCACAAUUUGCACAUUAAGAAUUGUUUUUCCUUUAUAAUACAAAGAGGGCCCGAUUCCUCUUGACAAAUAGAAGGAUUAAGAAUCUCUGGCCACAUCAUCUCUAUAUCUGCAUCCUUUUGCCAUCGACCAGAUAACUGUACAUGUAUAUGGAUAGACUGUGCAAAAGCGGAUUACAGAGUACGGAACAAUUUUUCUGCUGUUUUAUUGAAUUCCUGCACAUGCUGAUAUAUCAGUUUGGCAAAGGGAUGUCAACGUGGAGUGCGCUACAGAGUUUCCGGAAGCUGCUAAAUUAAAGUAAUUUCAUCUGUAAUUAGAUGACGUGAUUCUUCGGUGGAAAUUAUUUUUUACAAUUUUCUCCCAAGUCUGAGUUGGCAAUUAAUGGCCUCUCCUGAGGAUGUUGCACAUUGACAAAAAUGAGUACAUUGAAGGGUCAACUAAAUCUAUUCACCUUGUUUUCUCAUGAUUGGGAUGGUCUGUUGCAUCUCACCUCUUGCCUAUGGAAUGUUACAUGGUCUUAGGUUCAGGAGGAACUUUUCAUGAUAUAUAUAUAUAUAAUUUUUUUUUGUUUGUUUGUUUGUUGUUUUACUUCCUCUCUACAACAUAAAUGGCCCUGUUCUAUUUGUGUAUAUGUGUGUUGUUUUUUAUUUUUCUGUAGCUAAGCAACUGUGGAAUCCUCAUGCAUCGGGCUACUCUUGGCCAGAUAUUAUUUUGAAGAGUGAAACCACUGUAGAGAUACUCUAGAUCGAUGACGUUGGCUUUCCCAUCUACUGUACUUCUCUAUGGAGGUUUGCUUCCGGAGUUCGCAAGACUUCCAGUAAUUCAAAUUGCUGGAUAUGGCACCCACAAGGUUGGGUAUAACUGCAUAAUUACAGAAACAAGGAUGAGCCAUAACACUGGUCAGUUAUAAAAAAAGGGUUCUAUUAAAAAAAAAAAAAUACUCACAAUAAUGGUGCCAAAAUAAAAUGGAGGACAAUGCUACUUACUGCUGGAACCGUGACGUUGUGCAACAUUUGAGCCACAAUGUCUGACGUGCCAGUUACUCUAUUUCUCUAUUUUGCCGUUUGUUUUGUUUUUUUUCUUUUUCUAAGCAAACUGAGGUUUGUUUUGUUGUUUGUUUUUUAAAGCUUGGGUGAUAUUCUUUCUAUGGUCUUCCUUUUAAUUUAACCAAUCACCUCCAAGAAUUGAACUCCCCCAACUGCCAGGCCAUCCCUGAGCAGUUUAAUGGUGAGCUGUAUUCUAGCACGUACUCAUGCCAAGUAACUUGUCCCUUACUUUGGA